UGCGUUUAUGAACGAUUUCCAGAAUUUCUAUCAAUUAUAAACCUGCAAAUCCAUUUUUCACAGAAAUUUGGCGACAUUUAAUCGAACACUAUGGCUUCACGAGGGGCAAACGUGGUGCUCUCAAGGGCGAACAGGAUGAAGACGAAGUUGCAAUCAGCAUUAUCAGCGAGUGUUUUGGAAAUCGAGGACGUUUCGCACCAGCACGCUGGGCAUGCGGGAGUGAAGGGAAGCGAUGGGGAGACUCAUUUCAAUGUAAAGAUUGUGUCACCAAAUUUCGAAGGGCAGAGCCUUGUGAAGCGCCAUAGAAUGGUGUAUGAUGCGUUGGCUGAUGAGCUUCAAUCUGGAUUGCAUGCAAUUUCAAUCGUGGCAAAGACUCCCCAAGAAACUGGAGCAAAAUGAUGUUCAGAUUCGCCUCACAGUGGAGGCCGAAUUGGCACGAGCGGAUCUGUUUCGUUUGCAGUUAUCUUUCAACCUUGUCUUCUUAAAAUUGUUAGGAUAUGAAGUUGAUCACAUAUGCAAAGAGUUGGAAUACUUUCAGCAUGUGGGUCAGUUGCAGGUAUUAUUUCAUCAACACCCUUUGAGACUAUUCUAAAUAAGUUACAGAAAAGAGUCGGUACUGAUCUAUAUUUUAGAUCAAUAUUUAUAUGAAUGUCUGAAGCGUGUAAUUGAUUAGAUCUAGUAUUUCAUAUAAUGAUAAUAAUUAGAAAAUUAUUAUUAUUUGUUAAACAAGUAUGUAUGAGAGUGGAUUUGAAGCUUAUACUUCAAGAGUAGAUAUUUUAAUC